AUGUCCAUCCCGGCUAUGCCAUUCAUCACAGGGCCCGUUGCCGAGCCCCAAGAGCAGCUGCGACUAUCCCCUCCCCGAGGGCGUCUGUCCGCCAUCAUCCCCCUAUCCAAAGUCCAAGAGGUGCUCUGGGUCGACUAUCUCCGCCAGCCAUGGGCUACGCACUACAACCUCACACUCAAGGUCGACCUCACAGGCUCCAACCUCAGCCUCGAGAGCAUCAUGAACAACAUUCACAAGCUGGGCAGCAGGCACGACAUGCUCCGCACCACCUUUCACAUCGACUCCUCGGCGCAGCACACGUCCCAGUCCUACAUGGCCGUCCACGACGCCGCCAGCAGCUUCCAGAACAUCGCCAUCGUCAGCGACGACGCCCGUCUGCAGCAGGCCCUGCGCCGCGGCCUCGACCUGUCCACCGAGUUCCCCGUGCAGUGGAUCGUCCACCAGGCCUACUCCGUCGUCGACGGCCGACUCGUCGCCGCCCACACCGUCUACGCCAUGGGCCACCACAUUGCCGUCGACGGCACGAGCAUGAGCCACCUCUCGCGCGAGCUCGUCCAGCUCAUCCAAGACGGUGACACCACCACGCCGCCGCCGCCGCCGCCGCCUUCCUACGGUGAAUUCGUGCAGCGCCAGGCCGCAUAUCUGCGCUCGCCCGAGGCGCAAGACGCCGAGGCCUUUUGGCUCGCCCAGAUUGCGCACACCACGCCGCACCGGUGGACGCACGCCGCGCCGCUGCCGGCCAGUGCCCCGGGGCACGACUACCGCAAGAUGGACACGUGGGCCUUUUUCCCCAGCGACGAGCUCGCCGCGUGGUCGCAGCUGUACCGCACAUCGUGGUUCCGCGUCGCCGUGUCCGUCAUCGGGCUCGUGACGGCCGGGCACGCGCGCCCCGCGCCGCACCACGACAGCACGCUGCAAGUGGCCUUUGGCGCGCGCGCGCCGUCCUUUGCCGGGUGCGUGUCGCACAUGGCCAACACGAUGCCGAUCCGGCAGCCCGUCUCCUCCCUUCUCCGUCGCAGCGGCAGCGCCACGUUUGCCGAGCUCGUGCAGCUCGUCGGCAAAAACAUUUCGCAGGCCAAGAAGAAUGAAAUGUACCCGUUCCUGUCGCUGGUCGAGGCGGCGGCGCGUGACGGCGAGGACACGGCCGCCGCGAGCAGAGUCGCCGUGACGCUCAGCCCGCGGCUGGCCGACGACCGGUGCACGCUGUACCCGGUCAACGGCGUCUGGGACCUCUUCUUCUGCUUCCUCGAGCACGCCGACGGGGGCGUCGCGCUCGGCGUCAUCAGCGACCCGGCCGUCUUCGGCCCUGCUGCGCUCGCCGCCCUCCGCGCCGACGUCCUGCGCACCGUAGCGCUCUCGCAGCAGACGCCCGACUUCCCGCUGACAUCGGCGCUGUCGUGCCUGGCUGACCGGCAAGUGGCCACGCUGGCGGGCGGGCCAGACGUGGAAGACGUCGACGCCGUCAUCGCGGCCCGCGUCGUCUCCGACUGGAUCCGCAGCCGCGCCGCGACCCAACCGGACGAAAUCGCGCUCAGCAACGGCGAGGACGGCACGUCCUUAACGUACGGCGCGCUCGACGCCUCGUCGGACCGCAAGGCAGUGCACCUGCAGCGUCUCGGCGCCGGCCGCAACGACGUCGUGGUGCUACAACUCGGCGCCGUCUUCGACAUGGUGGCGUGGAUCCUCGCCGUGCACAAGGCCGGUGCCUGCUUCGUGGUCCUGGACCGACAGCUGCCGCUCGCCCGGAAGCAGGCCAUCUUGCGCGUCGCCGAUGCCAAGCUCUUCGUCUCGGAUGCCUUUGACGACGCCUACUUUGCCGACUGCGCCACGCCGCCCACGACGGUCAGCGUCUGGGCCGACACCGCCGUCCCCGCCGAUGCCCACUUGGCACCCGUCUCCGGGGCCGCGCCGACCGACCUCGCCUACCUCGUCUUCACGUCCGGCUCGACGGGCCUGCCCAAGGCCAUCGAGGUGGAACACCAGAACCUCAGCAGCUACGUGAGCGCCACGCGCGCCGUGGUGCCCGUCGGCCGGGGCUCCCGCGUGCUGCAGUUCGCCCCCUUUGCCUUUGAUGCGUCGGUCCUCGAGUGGGCCGUGACGCUGUCCUACGGCGGCACGCUCUGCUUCGUGCAGCACCCGGCGCUGCUCGUCGGCGACUACCUCGCCGACAUGGUGGACCUGAACCAGAUCAACUUUUUCCACACCACGCCGUCCGUACUCGCCACCAUCCCGGACGGCCGCCGGCUGCCGUCGCUGCGCGCGCUGUCCGUCGGCGGCGAGGCCUCCUCCGCCGGCCUGCUCGACAAGUGGAGUCGCCGGCUGCAUCUCAUCCACGCCUACGGCCCGACCGAGACGACUGUGAUCUGCGCCACCGAGCAUAUCCUCCCUGCGUCCGACACCCUGCCCAGCCCGUCCAACAUUGGCCGUGCGAACCCGCACGUGGCGCUGCUCAUCUGCCCCGAAGACGCCGAGACGGUGCUCGGCCCCGGCGUGACGGGCGAGAUCUGCAUCGCCGGGCCGCAAGUCACGCGCGGCUACCGCGGACAGCCGGCGCUGACGGCGGCUCAGUUCCGCACCAUGGAGCACAACGGCCGGGUGACGCGCAUGUACCGCUCCGGCGACCGCGGGUUUAUUGGUGAUGACGGCAAGCUGCACAUUCUCGGACGCAUGAAUAAUCGCGAGAUAAAGCUGCGUGGCUUCCGCAUGGACCUGGCCGCCAUUGAGAAGAGCAUCCUUGACAACUGCCCCGAGGUCAUGACGGCGUCGGUACAGGUCGUCGACGACAAGCUGGUCGCCUUUGCGUGCCCGGCAACGCUCCAGGGCGACGCUAUCCGGCAGCGCAUCGCCCUCGACCUCCCGUCGUACUCCGUGCCCGCCGACAUUACCGCCGUCGACAGCUUGCCGCUCAACACCAACGGCAAGGUCGAUCAUAAGGAGGUGCUGCAGCAAUUUGGCGCCAGCACCGGCCCGGCCGCAGCCAUCAAGCCUGUCAUCGUCACCAAGACGGCCCCCAAGAAGAAAGAACUGCAGACCAGUGACUCCAAUCUGGUAGACCGCCUCGAGGCUUCUAUCACCACCCUCUGGCAAAAGGUUCUCGGCUGCCGCGACGCACCCGGCCCUGACGUCACCUUUUACAACGCCGGUGGCCACAGCAUCCUCCUCUCCGCGCUGCACAAGGAACUCGUCACCCUCUACCCAGCUGCCAAGAUCUCCCUCCUCGACGUCUUUUACAAUCCCACCAUUCGGCGGCAAGCGCAGCGUCUCUCCGAGCUCGUCGGCGACGACGGCUUCAUCCCCAGCAGCAGCGUCUCCGACGUCUCGGCACAGGACGUCGCGACGCCUGGCAACUCCACCACCGCCACAUCCGUGGCCGCGGACGCGCCGCUAUUUGCCAUUGUCGGCAUGGCGGGCCGCUUCCCGGGUGCUGACUCGGUCGAGGCCAUGUGGGAGCUUCUCAUGGCGCAGCGCGACGGUAUCACCACGAGCGACGGUGCCGGUGCGGAGAGCGCAGACCUGGCCGAGGGCGAAGUCUUUGUACCCCGGUACGGCAGCAUCAACGGCCUUGAGGAUUUCCGCGCCAGCGACUGGAACAUGUCCGACGAGGAUGCCCAGGUCCUCGAUCCGCAAAAACGCAUGUUCUUGAUGAUUGCCGAAGAAGCCCUCCAAGACGCCUCCAUCCCCGUACGCACCGUCUCCGGCUCCAACAUCGGCACCUUUGUCGGCAUCGCCCCCAACACCUACCUGUCCUCGGCCCUCCCCUCCUCCGUGUCCUCCUCGGCCUUUGAGCGCCGCUACAAGGCAGUUCUCGACCCUACCGCCUCGACCCUCACCGCGUACAAACUCAAUCUGCUCGGCCCCUCAAUGGACGUCUCCGCCGCCUGCGCCUCCUCCCUCGUCGCCGUGCACCAGGCCCUCCGCGCCCUCCGUGCCGGCGACUGCGCCGCCGCCCUUGUCGGUGGCGUCUCCCUCGCCUACCCUCAACUCGGCGGGUACGCGACCUCUGACGGCAAAAUCUUCUCCGCACGUGGCCAGUGCCGCCCGCUCGACGCUGCCGCCGACGGCUCCGUGCCGGCGGAUGGCGUUGCGGCCGUUGUGCUCAAGCCGCUUGUGGCGGCGCAGACGGACGGCGACCGCGUCUACGCCGUCAUUCAAGGCCAUGCGAUUGGCACCGACGGUGCCGUGGACAAGAUUGGCUUCACUGUGCCCAGCUCCUCGGGCCAGGCCAAGGUGAUUAGCGCCGCCAUGGCGGACGCCCGGCUGGCGCGGCAUCAAGGCGUGCGCUAUGUCGAGAUGCACGGCAGCGGCACGAGUAUCGGGGACGCGCUCGAGUACAAGGGCAUCGAGCGCGCCGUGGCCGCGUACGAGGCGACUGGCGGGGAGUCGCGGUGCAGCAGCGGCGCCAUCUCGCCCACCGGCACCGAGCAGCAGCCGAGUGACACGAAGCAGACCCCCCGCACGCUGUUUGUCGGCUCCAACAAGGGAAACUUUGGCAACGCCGAGGCCGCGUCAGGCCUGUUUUCGCUCAUCAAGGCGUCGCUCGCCGUCAGCCGGGGCGUCGUCCCGCCGCUGCGCCAACUCGGCGACUGUAACGAGCUCAUGGGCGUGGCCGAGGGGAGCACCGUGCAGCCACUGCGCAAACAGCUGCGGCUAGAAAAGGGCGAUCGUGUCGGCGUGACGGCGCUGGGGUACGGCGGUGUUAAUGCGCACUGCAUCCUGGCCAGCCUCGAGGCGGUUGAGGAGAGGGAGUGA